AUGAUCACGCCCAGCGUCCGCGGAGCCCAAGUUCAGUUCAACGGCGGCUGUGCACGUCGGCUCUCCGAUUGCGUGCCUCUGCGCUCCCGAUGCCUCCGGCCUGCGCAGCUCCCACAGCGCGCGGGAGCUGCGGAGAAUGCGACCAUUUCCGAGGAGCAGGUCGAGGACAUGAGUGGCGUUUUGAGCCGGGUCAUGAUCAUUCCUGGGGUGCCGGACUUCGCAAAGAUGGAGUUGGUGAAGAGCGGGAUGCAGCAAGUGGCCAGCGCCGUGAAUAGUGACAGCCUGCCGCCCGAGCUCCGGGACCAGCUGCGGACAGCUCUGGGCGACAAGAAGCUGAGCGAGGAGCUUGGUGCGCAGCUGACCAAGGUGAUUUCCCCCUUGGUUGACAUCCCCUUGCUUCCCAAAGAGCAGAAGGAGGAAGUGGUGAAGAGCAUCAUCUCCUUCCUGAUCGUGCAGAAGGAGCAGGAGAACUUGCUCUACUACGCGGUGAAGGGCACAUACGUGGGCUCGGCGAAGUUCGCCUACACCACUGGGCGGGAGAUGCUGAGCACUGCGGCCGCCUUCCGAAGCAAGAAGAGUCGCCGCAAGCUGGCGAAGAAGCUCUAUGAGCAGAUCAACUUGCCCUUCAUAUCAAAGGAUAUGGGCUUGGGUCUCAUCCAAGCCGUGGUCGAUGCUUUAGGUGAUCUGGUGUCUUGGCUGAUUCCCUCAAGUUAA